AUGCAAAGAUAUGGCGACGACAUCGGGAGACGCAGGAGGAAUCGGCCAGGUGAUCGAACGGCGAAAGCAGUCGUCGCCAAUCAGAUCUCACAAGCUGUGAGCUCUAAUGCUAACCUUCUCCAUCUGAUGCGUCAAUCAUCUUCUGCUGAGGCUCAGUUGGCAAAGCUCCCAAAGAAUCUUCUGACAAAAGCUUCUUUAACUAAGGCAUCUGGACAAGCGUUGUUGCAACUUCCUCAAGUGAUUUCAUCUCUGGAUGCCCAUAUAGAAAGCGGAUUGAACAGUGGGGUUCAUCUAAACACAGUAACCCAGUUACUUGAAAACAUGAAAAGCACACAGCUUCGUGCACUGCGACAAUCUGACAUAACCACUAUGCAAGCGAUUGAUAUUAUUCUCUAUGUUGUGUGA